AUGGAUCCUCGAGCUGAUCCCCCCAAAGACAGUUUGUCUCCCUAUGAAGGGACCAAAAAGAUCCAGAUCGGGGAGGAUCUGUUGCAGGUGACAUACUUGGGAGUCAGCCUAGACCCCGAGGAAGAAACUGAGAUAGUGGAGGUUCUACGCCAAAACAUUGAUCUAUUUGCCUGGAAGCCUUCAGACAUGCCCGAUAUCAACCCAAAUGUAAUGUUCCAUCACUUGGCGCUUGACCCCGGGAAGAAACCGGUUUCUCAGAGGAAGUGCAAAGGUGGCGAAGAAAAAAUAAAAGCCAUUACAGAGGAGGUCAGGAAGCUGUUAGAGGCUAAGUUCAUAAAAAAAAUAUCAAGGGCUACCUACCAGAGGUUGAUGGACAAAGUGUUCGCCAGUCAGAUUGGCAGAAAUUUGGAGGUGUACGUGGAUGAUAUGGUGGUCAAAACUCCAGCAUCUAAACGACAUAUAGAGGAUCUGGCCGAAACUUUCAGGUUUGUGAGAAGUUUUGACAUGAGGCUGAACCCAGAGAAAUGUACCUUUGGAGUUCAAGCCGGGAAGUUUCUCGGGUUUAUGCUCACAAGCCGGGGAAUUGAAGCUAAUCCCGAAAAGUGCCAAGCAAUCCUCGAUAUGAGAAGCCCUUCGUCCAAAAUAGAAGUUCAACAACUUACGGGUAGGCUGGUGGCUCUGUCCCAAUUCUUGUCUUGUGUAGGCGAUAAGGCCAUUCAUUUCUUCGCAGCAAUUCGGAAGGCUAAAGAAUUUGAAUGGACACCUACUUGUGAAGAGGCAUUCCUGGCCGUAAAAAAGUUCUUGUCAUCUCCACCAAUCUUGACCAGGCCAAAGGAAAAUUCUCACUUGGUGUUGUACCUAUCUGUAACAGACAAUGUCGUGAGCUCGGUCCUGGUUCAAGAUGGUGCAGAGGGGGAGAGGUCGGUGUAUCAUGGGCAUAAAGUCACUGUCAAAACAAAUUACCCAAUAAAGAAAAUACUUAUGAAGCCAUACCUAGCAGGAAGGAUGGUCACAUGGGGGGUAGAGUUGUCGGAAUACGACAUUCAAUUCACCCCAAGAACGAGUAUAAAGUCUCAGGCAUUGGCCGACUUUAUGGUUGUGUUAAGUGCCCCGAAUAUUGAGGAAAGCAUCAACGGUUGGACUCUCCAUGUUGAUGGUUCAUCCAAUCUCAAGGGUAGCAGAGCCGGGAUAGCUAGCAAUAACCAGGCCAAAUAUGAAGCACUCAUAGCCGGGAUGAAACUCACUGAAGAGGUGGGUGUUACUCAACUGACGGUAAAAAUGGACUCACAAUUAAUAGCAUCACAAGUGAAAGGAGAAUACCAGGCAAAGGACGUGUCACUGCAUAGGGCCGAUGUAUUAGCUCGGUUAGCUAGAACCAAAGGUCUCGAUUUAAACAAAACGUAUUUGACUUCAGGCGCAUUACCCGACGACUCUGAUCAAGCACUGGGAAUUAAAAAGGCUGUCGUCAAAUACACUCUAAUUGGUGGAAAAGUGUAUAGAAUGGGACAAUCUACUCCAAUGCUGAGAUGCGUAUCCGAAGCAGAUGUCAGGUUGGUCAUGAUGGAGGUGCAUGAAGGAGCAUGUGAUUCACACAUUGUAGGAAGAGCUCUCGUGGGAAAGAUUCUCCGAGUAGGUCAAGUCCCCGUCGAGGCAUUACAUUCCGUCUUCUCUCCAUGGCAAUUUUAUCAGUGGGGUGCUGACAUCCUCGGUCCAUUCCCCAUUGCUCCUGGACAACUUAAGUUUCUAAUCAUAGUCGCCGACUACUUCACAAAGUGGAUCGAGGCCGAAGCUGUGGCUCGGAUAUCCACCGAGAAGGUUCAUUCACAGCAGGUCAAGGAGAAGGAGUACGUUCUGCAUCCAGUGGAUCCACAAGGCGACCAUCCUGCACUACCUUAA